AUGUCAAGCGAUGUAAGUAUACAAUUAAGAACUAUAAUACUGUAUAAGGAAAAGAAAAACUGUAAAGCUAGAGAAUUUAUGAGGUAAAAAUUAUAUAGUAGCGGAAGAUCAAUUACGUCACAGGCAUCUACUAACAAAUAUAGCUGAAAACGUCAUUUGAUUUGGAACCAAAUCCAUUUGAAAGGUCAUUUGCGACUAAAGAUGGUGAUAGAAGAGAGGGAGGUGAUGGUGCGGAACAGAGAGGUAAAGAUAAAAAUGGGGAACUGGCUAAUGUGGGAGAGCAGAAGAAUGAAACAAACAAGCACAAUUUACAUAUUCCCAAUAUCUCGACAUUGGACGCAAAUAUCAACAGAGGACCCGCGGGGACGUCCCCAUCGCUUACUCCAGGCGAUAGGAAGCUUCCGCCAUUAGGAUUGUCACCCGGAGGCCAUAUAAAUGGAGGAUUGGGGACUCCUGGUUCGAAUUUAUGGAAUAGUUUGUUAAAUGCUACGAAUAAUCCAAAUAGUGGAACGAAUGCUGUUCCAAAUAACACGAAUAACGACGGGAAUACUAAUAAUGUUGCCAAUGGAACCAACACCAACCUGAACUAUACUACUGGGCAAAAUGGUGGCGCGCCUAAUCACGAAGGUUCAUUUCACCCUGGUAACCAAAAUAACACCAAUAUUAAUCAGUUUAUUAGUAUGCUAAGAAAGAGCGGAUUAACGCCAAAUGAGUCUAACUUAAGGUCCGGGUUGACCCCGGGCGGUGUGAAUCAUCAUGGGGGAAACAUGUUUGCUUUUAAUAAUCAAUUACCUGGUUUGACCACUCCAGGAGCUUUUCUCAAUAGUCCUAUUACUCCUGGGCUUUCGAAUUUACUAGGAAUGCCUGCAAAUCAAAACGCUAACCAUGCAACGCAACCAACACAUUCUACUAUUCCACCACCUCCUAACUCUAAUGCAGGUAACCAUGAUUAUCAAAAUAUAAAUAAUUUUGAUCAUGGCAUGCAUCAGCAACGAGAACAACAACGAGAACAACAACAAGCACAGCAACAAGCCCAUCAGUCACAACACCAAACACCACAACAAGCACCAUCACAACUGCCGCAAGAGCAGCAGCAGCAGCAACAGCAAAAGGAACAACAGCAGCAACAACAGCAACAACAGCAACAACAACAUGAUCAUCAUCAACAACAACAACAACACGCACAUCAACAACAUCAAUUACUGAAUCAACAACCUCCGCAGCAAAGUUAUGCCACGGAGAUAGCAGAUCAUAAAGACUCUGAUGAAAAAUCUGGCAGUAAAAGGAAACUGAGAAAUAAUUCUGAAAACUCUAAGAGACUGAAAACCGAUUCUGCUACUAAGACAAGGAAGUUGAAGAAGGAAGAACCGAAAGAUCUUGAUUUGAAUGAUUCCACUGUCUCACCAGAUUCUACAUCAAAUACAAGAGGCCCUGGCGAUCCGAAGCGUAAGAGCUUCUUGGAACGUAAUAGAGUCGCGGCUUCAAAAUGUCGUCAACGUAAGAAACAGUUGAUCCAAAAGAUGGAAGAUGAAUUGUCGUUCUAUUCAACAGGAUACAGAGAAUUAUCUGCUCAAGUAACUCAAUUACGUGACCAGUUAAUUAAUCUUAGAGGAAUAGUUAUUGGGCACAAAGAUUGCCCAAUGUUGGUGUCUUCUGUGGGGGGGUUCGAUCAAUUGAAUCAUAUUAUUCAGCAAAGCAAUUAUGUAACUCAAGUUGCCUCUGGAAGUCAAACCAACGUCAGCUCGAUGCCUAGUACUAUUCCGACUACUUUGAAUGCACACCCAGGUGCCAUCAACUCGAACCAAGCCGUUAAUCCUUACAUUCUUCCAGCUAAUGGACAACAAACUAAUAAUAUUGGCCAUAGUCCUGCUUUGCCAAUGCAUUUAACACAAGCUAGUGCCGAUCGCUCAAGUACUAAUUCAACCACAAAUCCAUCGACGGAUACUUUGAACACAACUGCGUCUAUUAAUUACCCUAGCCACGGCCAGCAAAACACCAUCGCUAGCCACCACAGUCUUUCGGAUUUGCCUGCAGCUGCUGCUCAGAAUUUGAACCAGCCAAAUAAUCAGCCUCCUAAUACAGGCGACUUAAGAACCAUCCAUAGCAUGUCUAAUAUCGCAGGCAUGAACAACAACGGUGACAAAUUGCAGGGUAUGGGUAAUUCUAACUUCAACCUCAGACCCGUUAAUAGUAUGAUUGAUCUCAAUCAACAACAUAUCCCACAACAAGCCCAUCAACAAAACUACGGUAGCAAUAUGGUAGAUCCAGUUGCAGUCGCUACAAGAAAUAUGUUAGGCUUAUCUCAACCCCAAUCUUAA